AUGGCCACUUCUCACGCUCCUGGAGCCCUCAGAGAUGGCGGGGGCACCGUGACACCGACUCUCAGCUGCGAGUCCUGCCGCCAGCGCAAGAUCAAGUGCGACAAGCUGAUGCCAUGCUCGCACUGCCGCAAGGCGGGGAUAAUCUGUGAGUCUGUUCAGCGAAAACGAUUACCUCGAGGUCGGUAUGCACGGAACUCGAAUCACCGGUUACGCGAAAAGAUUGAGAAGUUGGAGACGCUGGUCAACGCGGCGCUGGCAAGUGCUGCGACGCCCACAAGUGGUACUAAUCUGGAACAGGUCCAACAAGAACAUCCGUCCAUCGAGUCUGGCCAGAACAAGCCGCUCGCGCUUGACUUUUGCAACGACCUUCUGAAAGAGAUUCAGGGACUGCACGGUCUAACUCACGUUUCCGAAGAGGAUGAAAGUAAUCCAAGUCCAGAGGUACCAGAGACGCUGAGUGAAUCACUAGCUCCUCGGCCCUGGUCAUUGCCAUGGGGAUAUGCCGGAGCAGUGCCGUUUCAGCAGCACCAGCAGAGCCUUGCAUUGCGUCCAUCUGCCGCAGUGACGGCUCGUCUAUGUGAGAUCUAUCUCAGCCACGUGGAUCGGAUCAUCAAGGUUCUUCACCGGCCGUCUCUGCGCGAGCACCUGUUGGAGGAUAGACCGUAUCGCGGGUUUCAACGUGAUGGCGUAGCAGAGGCCGCGCUGGACGCGGCUGUAUUCUACGCUGCCGUGGCCAGCAUGACGGACCGUCAAUGCCAGGCUCUAUUUCACUGUGCACAGAGCGCCGUGCUACCAGAGUAUCAGAUAGCUGCGGAGAUGGCCCUGCAGAGAGCAGACUUGAUGAGGACAGAGAGCUUACUUGUGCUUCAAGCGCUGGUGAUCUACCUGGUGGCGACUCGUGUUCACGACCGGACACGCGCCGUCUGGACGAUGGUUGCCACCGCGGUGCGCAUCGCCCAAGCACUCAACCUGCACCUCGAGUCGAGUCAUCCGCUGGAUACAUUCUUUCAUGCACAGCUCCGUAAACGGCUUUGGUUCGUGAUUUGUUUGCUGGACGCUCAAGUAGCCCUCGACCAGGGAUCGAAACCCCUGAUCACACACGACAUGGCGCAGGGCGUAUCACUCCCCGCCAAUGUCAACGACGAGGACAUCGACCCAUCCUAUCCCGCUGCAGAUGUUGUUGCUCCUCCGCCUGCACUCACAGAUAUGACCUUGUCCCUGGUAAUAUACAAUCUACAAACCGCUGGACGGUCCAUUCAUAUUCCCGGACGAGACGUGGACAACGAGCACGUCCGCGAAGCGAUGGCCCGGUUCGAGAGCACCCUCUCCUCACUCACGCAGCACUGCAAUCCGGCCGAGAGCCCUUACUCCUGGCUAGUCUAUUACAGUGCUCGGUCGCUCGUUUCUUCUAUGCGAUUGUCUGUUCUGCGUCCACUCGUGCACAGCCAGGAACAGAGUCAUAACCAGAAUCAACACCCGGCGCCACGCAUGCCCGGAGACUCACAGGCAUCUUCCCUGCUGGAGCUGUGCGAGGGGGCGAUCGAGAAUUCAUACCGGAUGGAAACCGACGCGCGCGGGGAAGGGUUCCGAUGGUACGUCUCUGUGCAGUGGACGAGCCUGGCCAUCACACUGCUGGAAUGCUAUACCUCGCCUGACAUUGGGGGCGUGAAACGCCUGUGGCCGUUGGUCGAGUGUGUGUUUGAGCAUUACUGUCGCCGCCACAGCACGAGCAGUAUGAAAGCCGUUGUGCGAAUUCUCGCCCGCUUCAUGGAGAGUACCAGGGAGCGCGUCCAGAUGCUUACCCAAGGAACAGACUCUCAACAACAGCAACAAUCCGUGGUACAGGAAGCAUAUAGUGAUACGGUUGACCCCUCGUGGAGCGCAUGGGAAGAGUUUACCAACGAAUUAGUAUCGUCCGGUGAUUUUGACGAGGCCGAAUGGGCGGGCGAUCUUUUCGUCCGACCAGACAUGGUAUUUCCUUCCUAA